UAGUGCGUCUACCGGUCAACGGUUCUCCGGACGUGCGCUUACCGAUAAGGUAUCUUAUAAGUGGAGAAGGUUAGGUUUAUAAAGGGUAUACUCUUCCCUUCCACUAUCAGCCACACUUCGCAGCCCAUUAGCAUGCACUUCCCGCCUCCUGAGAUCCUGCAACUUGUGGAUAAGAUCCUGCACCUCCUUAUAGCCCGGGAUCAAACGAUAGCCGUUUCUGAAGCGGCCUGCGGGGGAUUAUUAUCAUCGUAUUUGGUGUCGAUUCCUGGCGCGUCCAGGUUUUUUGACGGUAGCACGUUGGUCUACUCAUUAAAGUCGAGGUUGAAGUUGAGUGGGUGGUCGGAGCAGGAUAUUGUCAACUAUACUGGCCCGUCCGAACUGGUAGUGUUGAGGCUUGCGAGAAACCUCCGCAUCGAGUUGGGCUCCACCUAUGUGUUAUCCGAGUCAGGGUUUGCCGGACCUUCCACAAAUAUUGGCGGUGUCACUGAUAGCAUUCAGUUUGACAACACAGAAGUGGGCACGGUUUACGUGGCGAUUUCAGGCCCUAAUGGGGAGGUUUCCAAGAAGGUGGUUACACAGACUGAGGACCGAGCCCAGAACAUGCAGGAGUUUGCGAAAAUCGGCUUGGAGUUUUUAUUGGAGGUGCUUCAAAAAGAGGAUGAAUGAUGUACCGGAGAUGCUAUUUGAGCAGAUAAUAUGAUAUAUAUGUAAUAAAUUUUAAUAUGAGACGGGUUCAAAGAGGGUAGGUGAAGCUUGG